CUUUCAUGGUUCCCACUGGGUAUUUUUAUACAAAUUUAUGUUUUUUUUUUCAGAAACACAUGUUUGCAUAAUAACCUAUGAAGUUGUUUCUGAUUCUCUUGAUGUGAUAAUGUGUGCAUAGAAUCUGUUUGAUUAAAUUCAUGAAUGACAUGUAUUUGCUUUAACACAUUGCUUCCUCCGUCCUAUUUCUGUAACCUUCUUCAGACUCUUUAACCACUUUUUCAGUUCUUUUGUUUAUUUAUGUAUUUUGAUCACCGAGAGUUUUGCUAUUGCUAAUCUUAGGCCAUUUAUUUCAAUAUUUACAGAUUUUGGUGGUGUAAUCAAUCUAGGCCAUUUAUUUAAUGAUGAGUUGUAUCAAGAUUUUGCUGAGUUGCUUUGAUUGAAGUAUUUCUAAUUCCUUUCUUGUGUAGCUCUUAAUCUGAAACUGAUUGAUGUUGCUAUUGUUGUUUUGUUUAUCUAUUUAUUUUUUUGGUGGUGUGUGCUCUGUAGCAUGGAAUUUAGUUAGCUUAAUAUUUAGCUCAUAUUUUCUUGAGCCGUUGCAUCAGAGUCCCCUUAAUCAAAAUUCAUAUUAUGUCCCAAGGACAAUACUCAUCUUUUAGUUAAUUCCACUUGUAUCUUGAUUAGGUUAUGAAGUAUUUUUUUUAUUAUCUAUAUCAUGCUCAGAGUUAGUUUUCUUUCUCAAACCCAACGAGCCCUCCUCUAUCCCUCUUUGAUGGCAUGCAUGGAGGUCUUCGCGCUUAGGCGAGGUGGGUGGCUGGUGGUUGGAUCACGGCGAUGGGCUCGAUGCAAAGGCAGGGGGCUCGGCUCUCUCACUCCUUCGUCCUCCCAUCUCUCGCUCGGGCUAGGCUUGAUGACGGCUGGGGGUUCAAGGGCUCGACAGCGGCUGGGGGCUCUGGGGGUGGGCUCGACAGCGAGUGGGGUUCUCCGAGCUGGUUGGGCUCGACAGUGCAGGGGUCUCAGGGGUGGGAUCGACCGUGCUUCAUUAUAAUGAAAUACUUUUACUAUUGCUUCAUUAUAACUAAUAAAAUUAAUUUCUUAUUAUUAUUAAUUAUGCUCAAAACAAAUGGGUUGGUUUUGCAGAUCCUGAGAGAUUUAGAUUUACAAGAGACACAUCAUUUGGAAGAAGGCAUAUGAACUUUUGGAGCCAACCACCAUUUUCACUUUGGAUUGCACAUUUGGCUCCAGAAAGUGAAACAAGAUUUGAUUUUCAGAAAUACAUUAGCAGAACACUUGAAGAGGAUUUUGUAGUUGUUGUUGGGAUAACGUUAGUGUUUCAGCCUUUAAACUCAUCAGCUUAUAUAUACAUAUAUAUAUUUAUAUAUGUGAGGAUAACACCUGAACUGUGCUUUAUAUGUAUAUUCAGCCCACUCAUUUGGUUCGUUGCAAUAUUGAUUCUACUGUCUAACACAUAUGGAAUUUACUCUUAUCUAUGGCUGCCAUUUCUACCUUUGAUUGUACGUACAACACAAUGCACAAACAAUAGAGACUAUGCUUACUGAUUUCCUUAAUUUAUUACUUAUUUAAAACCCAAGUUAUGGUCAUAGAUUGGUAUUUUCUUGGACUUACUGGUUUGUGUAUCUGCUU